AUGAGUCAAAUAGCACAACAAUUGGCAAGUCCUCAGCAACCUGGUGCUCUACCUAGUGCCACAGUUACGAAUCCCAAAGACCAUAAUAAUGUGAGCGCUAUAGUAACUAGAAGUGGUAAAGCUAAAGAAGUUGUGGAGGAGAGUGUUGAAGAAGAAGAGCCAUUGCUUGAAGUGGAUGUGGAAAUAAAGGAGAAUGAGGUAGAAGCUGAAGACUUGGGUGUGUCGGAACCAGCAACUAAAGGGAAGAUUAGUGAGCAAAAACCGAUAAGAAAUAAGAAGAAGGGGCAGCAUGAGAAAUUUUUUGAAAGAUUCUUGGAGAUGUUUAAGAAGCUUGAGUUAAACAUUCCAUUCCUGGAGGCAUUGGAACAAAUGCCUACAUAUGCCAAGUUCAUGAAAGACAUCAUCUCCAAGAAAAGGACCACCGAUAGUGACCCGAUUAUUCUAACCAAAACUUGUAGUGCUAUUUUGCAGGGUAUGAAGAUUCUAGUGAAAAAGAAGGACCGAGGCUCUGUGACUAUUCCUUGUACAAUUGGGGAUAGAUCAUUCAAAAAAGCUCUUAUUGAUUUAGGAGCAAGUGUGAGCCUUAUGCCUUUGUUCAUUUACAAGAGAUUGGGUAUUGGUAAAGUACAAGAUACAAGAAUGACACUGCAAUUUGCUGAUCAUUCCGUGAAGAGACCUUACAGGAUAGUAGAAGAUGUGCUUGUCAAAAUUGACAAGUUUGUGUUCCCGGUGGAUUUUGUAAUUUUAGAGAUGCCAGAUGAUGAAGAAAUUCCAAUCAUUUUGGGGAGACCAUUCUUAGAGACCGGGAGAUGUUUGAUAGACAUAGAAGAAGAAAGAGUGUUAAGUUUAUCAAUUUUUAACGAAACGGAAGAGGUUGACGAAAAAGAGAUAGAAGUGUUGAAUAUGAUAGAAGCAAGACUAUUUUUUAAAAGUUAUCGACAAAAUCGAUGGGAAGAUUUAAGGCAACCGUUAGUAGAGGAAAAGAAAGAUGAACCAAAGAAGGGGGCUGAAUUGAAACAAUUAUCGGAGAACCUCAAAAAUGUCUUCUUAGACACAGAGAGCAAAUGUACGGCUAUCAUAAGUUCACACCUUGAAGUUCUCCAAGAGAACAAGCUUGUUGAAGUUCUGAAAAAGCACAAAAGUGACAUGGGAUGGUCGAUUGAAGAUUUGAAGGGGAUUAGUCCUACGGAAGUGGUGAAACUAUUAGAUGCGGGGAUGAUCUACCCUAUAUCUGAUAGUUCUUGGGAGAGCCCUGUUCAUGUGGUGCCAAAAAAGGGAGGAACUAUGAUGAUAAAGAAUGAGAAAAAUGAGCUAAUCCCUACAAGGACAGUCAUAGGGUGGAGAGUUUGCAUAGAUUACAGAAGGUUAAAUCUGGCGACAAGAAAGGAUCACUUCCCAUUACCUUUCAUAGACCAAAUGCUGGAAAGAAGGAUGCCAUUCGGGUUAUGUAAUGCUCCUGCUACUUUUCAAGUUGAAUCCCGCGAUGAAAGAAGUGGUCAGAAAGGAAGUGGUGAAACUAUUAGAUGCGGGGAUGAAUCUACCCUAUAUCUGAUAGUUCUUGGGUUCAUAAGAGACUUUUCCAAGAUAGCCAAACCCUUAACUACUCUUUUGGUUAAGGAUAAGGUUUUUACUUUUGAUAAUGAAUAUGCCGUAGCAUUUAAAACAAUUAAGAAAAAACUAGUGUCGGCACCAAUUGUUGUGGCCCCGGAUUGGUCUCUGCCUUUUGAGAUCAUGUGUGAUGCAAGUGAUAUUGCAAUGAACUACUCAACCACUGAAAAAGAGUUGCUAGCUGUUGUUUAUGCCUUUGAUAAAUUCAAGCAAUAUCUAUUGGGUUCUAGAGACUCUAAGCCAAGGCUUCUGAGAUGGAUUUUAUUCCUUCAGGAGUUUGAUGUGGAAAUUCGUGACAAGAAAGGGUGUGAAAACACAGUAGCCGAUCACCUUUCUCGAAUGUCACCUAUCGAGGAAACAGAAGAAAAACGGCCAAUAAAGGAUGAGUUCGCAGAUGAACACAUCCUCGCUAUUAUUGGUAUACCUUGGUUUUCCGAUUAUGCAAACUAUCUGGUAGGUGGGUUAAUCCCAGAGGAUUUUGAUUCUAACCGUAAGAAAAAGUUUUUGCAUGAUUGUAAGUUCAACUUAUGGGAUGACCCAUUCCUGUACAAGAGAGGAAUAAAUGGUUUGGUCAGAAGAUGCGUACCAGAGGAGGAACAAAGGGAUGUGCUAAAAGCAUGUCAUGACUUAGAUUAUGGGGGACACUUUAGUGGUGAUAGAACUACUGCAAAAGUCUUACAGUCUGGUUUAUACUGGCUAACCUUAUUCAAGGAUGCUCAUCAUGUUGUUCGAGAAUGCGACAGAUGUCAAAGAACGGGUAACAUCUCAAAGAGAAAUCAGAUGCCCCAGAAUGCUAUGUUCGAAGUAGAACUGUUCGAUUUAUGGGGGAUUGAUUUUAUGGGACCCUUUCCACCUUCCUUUGGGAAAAAUUAUAUCUUGGUAGCAGUCGAUUACGUAUCAAAGUGGGUAGAAGUUGUGGUGUUUCCCACCAAUGAUGCGAAAGUGGUGGUGAAUUUCCUCAAGCAUAACAUCUUCUCUAGGUUUGGAGUACCCCGAGCACUAGUAAGUGAUGAGGGUACUCAUUUCUUAAAUAAAUUAAUGGAGAAUUUGUUGAGAAAGUACAAUGUUAAACACAAGAUCGCCACCCCAUAUCACCCUCAAGCAAGUGGGCAAGUUGAGGUUUCUAACAGGAAAAUAAAACAAGUUCUGGAAAAAACUGUACCAAUCAUGCCACCCAAAAAGAGCAACACAGGUAAGCAAGUUGCUGCUACCUCUGGCACUCGCAAACGCCUGGUACGCCAACCCAAUCAUCACGACAUUCUCUUUGCGGACAGCAAGCAUCACCAAAGGUACAUGGCCCGUAUCAAACGGAAGCUCAUUCCAACGAGGUAUAUCUGUGAAAACACUAUGAACACCCUAGGCAUAAAAACUCAAAUUGAUAGAUUAUUUCAUACUGUGGGCAUGUUGGAAUUUAUGUAUAUGGAGGCACCAUCAUAUGAACGCCUCAGUCUUGAGUAUUUAAGCACCAUAGAGUUUAAGUUAGAGAAGAAAUGGAAUGGGUCUAUCAAGUACUACUUUGGUACCCUUAAGUUUCGUCUAUUUAACAAAGCCCAUGAGCUAAUUGUAGAGGAGUUAGGUGGUGUCCUUAGUUUUCCCAUCUACGGACCUGGGGCCAUUCCGGAUGAAUUCCCGGGACAAUAA